AUGGGCACUGCGGCUCAGAACGAUCCAUUCCAUUGGGACUCGGAUACCCUUUCAAAGGAGCUUUGUUCUCAGAGCCGUCUAUGGGCUAAAAAUCCGGCUUCGUUGGCCGCGAAGCUCGCUAAUGAAGAUGUCGACGGAUUCACGCUACUUACCUAUGAGUUUCAUUUCUCAAGGAAAGAACUGCAAGAAACUCUCGGCCUGAUCACUGCGCGUAGCAAAGCAGGUCUAGCAGAGGCCAUCCUCAGUUUCCAAGCGAGAAGUCCAGCUUUUCGUUCAUGGAAGAAGGAUUGGUCGAGAAGACACUCUGUUGUCAACACCCAAGACGAAGGAGGCGACGUCAAAGACGAAGUUGCCCUUACACCUUUGGUGAAGCCGAAUUUGGUGAUAGCACCCGAUGCAACCCUGCAUGGCUACCCACCCCAGCAUCAAUCAGAACAGAGGGAUGAAGCACAGUCAAGACCUAUUCAGGACGCUGCACCUUUGGACAACUCUACCGAUGGCACUGCUUUGCCACCCUCUGAAACUGUUCACUCCUUGACGCCUACUCAACAAAGCGAAGAACAGCCUUCUAAGCGGAGACGGCUGGCGCCAACAAAUUUGAGUACGAAGCCUCUGGCUGAUUCGGACCCUUUUGCAUUGACGCAAUCUCCAUCGUUUAAUUUAGUGGACAAAGCCGAGGAACGAAGCAACGAUGAUGAACACUCCACCGCAAGAAUUCCUUCGGGAUAUGCCUAUCUAGGUGAAAAGGGUCGGCAUCACCGUGUCGUUCUGUCUCAUAUUGGCUCCCCUGACACCCCUUGGGUAAAUCUCAGCGGAGGUGGAUUUGCGAUCGUGUCUUCAGAGCACAAGAUACCUCCCGGGAAGAGACUUGCUACAAAUAGCAUCUUGCGGAAGCAACUAAUUAAAAACUCCAAAAAAGAAGCUUUGCGCAAGCAGGGAUACGAUCCUGGUCGAUCACCAACUCCUUCUUACAGAAGCGAGUCUGUGGUUGAUCUUAACGACCUGCCGGAUUCUUGGGAUGAAGAGACGCAGCGAGAGAUUGACGAAGAAAACGCAGAAGCUGCUGCAAGGGAGCGUGAACUUGCCCGUCAUCUCUCCAAGGAGCAUGCGGAAUCCGUGUUGAAGGAAGAAAUGGCUGUUAUGGAAGCUAAGUGGAAAGAAAAAAAGCUGCCCAGAUACAAUCUCAAAGCCUACAAAUUUUGGAUGGACUCCAGGCGAGAAGAAAGGACCAAGAAGAUGAUAUUUGCGGCUCGAAGAGACGCCGAGCGUUAUGAAGGGCGAUUAAAGAAGCUAUAUGCCGAGAUACUCGGUAACAUUUGGCAAUCGGAACGAGAGCUCAGAACCCAAGCAGGCGUCAUGGAACAGAGUUUGAGCGACAAGCUGUAUAGUACAUGGCUCAUUGAGCUUCUAGAGCAACGCGACCCUCCGCCUAAGCCUUUGCAAACGCCAAAGCCAAAGCCGAAGUCAUCAACAGCAAAUCUUUCCUCGGGUUCUUUUGAUGACGAAGUGCUGACCAGUUCCGACGAAGGCGAAUUCAUUGUACCUGACGAAAACGAUGACGACGACGACGACGACGACGACAUGGUUAUGGCCGACACAGAGCCCUCUCCAGAUGCUCCCCAAUUGCUACCAUUGCGACUCACUCGUGAACCAAGCUGCCCCCCAUCUGAUGUUGAAUCCGACAUGGUUGUCGAUCUUACGCUUCUGGAGUCUCCAGAGACGAUCAAAGACAGUAAAACGGCAAUUCAAUAUAUUGAUUUGACCUCUCCGGUUAAGCGUGAAGUGAGCAUGGCUCGUUUUGUUGCGGAGAAAUCAUUGUCGGUAUUCGAUUUACCCGAAGAGGUGCCACCUAUGGAUCAUUUGGGUAGCCUAGAGGCCAUCGGUGAACAUACUGCAAAACACUGGGCAAAGCAGAAAGAUCGAUGGAGAUUAGUCCUCUGCCUAUUGCGGAAGCUUCCACAGACUCGCCGUGGGUGGAUUUUCCAACUAGUACAAGCCAGGGCCCCAGAGGAAGCCUGGCAGGCCUCAGUACCCUUGUAUCAGACAAAUCCCUUUGGCAAAGAAUCCGACAUUGGAAAAGAGGAGACAAAGACUGUCGCAUUCGAUAUUACAAAGCUCUUCUUGAGCUUCACACAGUGCCGCCAGUACACAGAUGGGCGGAUAAUCGCUUUGGAUCAGAAAGAUAAAAACAGACUCAAUCGCGCAGAAUAUUUUUUCUCAACUUUCCAUGCCUUUAUUAAAGAGUGGGCGCCCCAAUUCCCACAAAGCAGUCAAAUUUUCAGAACAGAUGCCUUCGACGAUGAAAUUGGGUUAGAUGAGGCUGAUGAGUAUGGACCGAACAUAACCGAUACGCCCUCAAAGGCGCGCAAACUCGCGGCUAAAGAGAUUGUUCAGAACAAGGAAGGUGUUGAUCUUCGAGAACGGGAGCGGAAGCGUGCAGAGGAACUUGAGGCUCGCCGGGUGAAACUGCGGGCUGCACUGGCAACUUCAAAUGCUAUUCCUGUGGAAAAGUCUCGAGUCAUUAUCAACGAGAGCAAGGAAGAUGACCAAUCAUUCAUUUACGUGAACGAUGAAAUCGGAAAGCUCAUAAAAAAUCACCAGAUCAAUGGUGUUCGAUUUCUCUGGGAGCAGAUUGUUCUCGAUGCAAACGAGAGAAAGGAGCGUCAGGGCUGCCUCCUCGCUCACACCAUGGGCCUAGGAAAAACGAUGCAAGUUAUCACUUUUCUUGUGGCUGUGAUUGAAGCUGCCAACUCAGAUGAUGAAUCCGUACGCUCGCAGAUUCCUAAGGAACUUAGAAAAUCUCAGUCGCUUGUCCUAUGCCCUGCUGGUCUCGUCGAUAAUUGGCUCGACGAGAUAUUGAUGUGGUCUCCUAAAGGCUUACUUGGCCAUGUGUUCAAAGUCGAAUCAGCUCAGAAAGGAGACAUACGCAUGUCAACUGUCAGGGACUGGGAACGAGAGGGUGGUGUCUUGGUUAUUGGGCAUAAAAUGUUUGAAAAAUCAGAUAACGACAUGCGAGAGAUACUGACACAGACGCCCAAUAUUGUCAUCUGUGACGAGGCCCAUGUCAUGAAAAAUCCAAAAUCCAAGAUUCAUCGCGCCUGCCAGGAAUUUCGGACCAAAAGUCGAAUUGCCUUGACUGGCUCUCCGCUGUCCAACAAUGUCGAAGAGUACUACUGGAUGAUCAAUUGGGUAGCGCCAAAAUUCCUCGGGCCCCAAGAAGAAUUUCGAGACAUAUACGUAAAUCCGAUACAGUGCGGGCUGUGGCAUGAUAGCAGCGGGUAUGAGAAACGGAGGGCUCUCAAAAUGCUAGAAGUGUUGAAGCUAAAUGUUGCACCAAAAGUGCAGCGAGCCACGACUCAGUGUGUCAAACAUGAGCUGCCUGCAAAGUAUGAAUUCGUCAUAUUUGUUGAGCCAACUCGCACCCAGAAAAUGCUUUACAACCUCUACUUGACCGAAAUGGCGCCGUACUUGGAGGACUCGAAGCAGGCAAAGAUAUUCAGCGCCUCUGAGCAUCUCAGGCUCAUCUGCAAUCAUCCCCGUUGCUUCAGGCAAAAGGUGUUGGAAAUGUCGUCCAAGGCAAAUGUGCCGGGGUCAUCAAGGGCCUUGACAGCGGCACAACAGAGGGAAAUGGACGAAAUUGAAGACGACACAGACGACGAUUGCGUUGACAAGAUCAAGGCUCCGGCAAUGACCUUUCCCCAGAGUAUGAUCUCUAGCGUUCUUAAGGAGACAAACAGGGCUGAUAAUGCCAAUCCUACUCUGUCACGAAAAGUUGAGCUUCUUCUCAUGGUUCUGGAUGAAGCACGUGCCAUAGGAGACAAGGUUCUCGUAUUUAGUCAAUCUCUCCUCACGUUGAACUAUCUCGACAAUUUGUUCAAGCAGCAAAGGCGCGCGGUAUGUCGUCUGGACGGUUCCACAGCCGUUUCUAAACGGCAAGAACAAAUCAAAGCCUUCAAUACUGGAAAGCAAGAGAUCUAUCUCAUUUCUACGCAGGCCGGCGGCGUAGGCCUCAACAUUUUCGGCGCCAACCGCGUUGUUAUCUUUGAUUUCAAGUGGAAUCCAGUGACGGAGCAACAGGCGGUAGGACGAGCCUACCGAUUUGGGCAAGAAAAGACGGUGUACGUCUAUCAAUUCGUCGUUUCGGGAGCCUUUGAGGAAGCUUUGCAAAACAAGACUGUCUUCAAGAUGCAACUCGCGUCGCGCGUUGUGGACAAGAAGAAACCAAUUAGCUGGGGCAAGCGAGUAGGGGAGUUGCUUCAGCCCAUAAAAACAAAGCCGGCCCGGGACCUCAGCCACUUUAAAGGCCGAGACAGGAUACUGGACAAGCUCAUCGAGCAUUCUCAACCUUGCGGCGCCAUUCGUGAAAUUAUCUCAACAGAUACGUUUGAAGAAGAAGAUCCCACCAAUGAAUUGACAGAAGCGGAACGAAAAGACGCCCAAGAGCUGCACGACCUGCAGCGGAUAAGAUAUACGGAUCCUGAAAGAUAUAGGAUGAUGUUGGAUCAAAAACAAAGAGCAGAACAGAUUUUGGCUAUGGCUACAGCCGCCAGAGUUGAUACUGACCUUUCAGACAUGCAAUUGCUUGAGCGGGAUUUGUACAUACCACCGUCGAGCCAGCCGGUGACGCGCAUCGCUGGCCUCGCCUACAACAGGGCAGCGGCACCAAAUGCGAAUACGGAGCCGCUUGUUCAGGCACAAGCAGCCGCCCCAUUACCCAUGACUGGGGCAAACACUCAUAUCCUAACAUCUGGUGCAUCCUCUAUACUUCCAACAAUGCCAUUGAAUGCGGCAGUCAAAGAACCGGAAUCUGGAAAAAAACCCAGACAGGAACUGGGAUCAUCAUUAACGGGUGCGGCACCUGCUAUAACGCCAAGCAUGGGAACAUCAUUAUUCAGCCAACCCCGAAGUCAAGUUAAGAUCGAUUUCGAGAAUGAACUAGUUAAAUCGAUGGAAACUCAGCCUGAAUUCAAAGGCAAUGCGGCAAAUGUGGCAAGAAAGCUCAUCGAGGGCAUUACCGUGGCACAGAGAGUUCAGGGUCGUGGAUUUCUCCCUGACAAUGCUCGAUGGCGCUCGUUGCUUGGUCAUAUACAGAGGCACCACCGGUUCAUGCUUUCAAUAGCAUGGGGCAAUUGUACGCCCCUAUACUUGGCAACAGCGCCAGAUGAGGAAAUCCAAAAUAGGAUCGCAAUCAUGAACAGCCAAUCAGAGGAUGAUUUUUUAACCCAGUUACGACGCACCCUUGAGACGCCUGACCCAAGUAACUUGAACAAUAUCGAUCGGCCAGUGCCACAAUCAGCUCGAGCUACCGAAGACGUGCAGGUAAUGCGGCGAGCAGCUGAUAAAAGAACAAAUCAUUGCUUUCAACCACUACCGACAUGGGCAAACACUGCACUCUCUCAGGCCCAA